UGGGCAGGUCAAUGGGUUAAUCCGGAGACCCCAUUCAAUGCCGUGUGGAUUCCAAAGACCUCAUCGAAGCCAGCGAUCCAUCACCUCCAAAACAGGUCAAACAGGUUUGCAGUUAAUUGUUGCCAAGCAUCAGGCCGGACGAGACCCAGCCCAGAGCCGCAUUCCCAUGGACGCGGCAGAGGUCGAUUGGGCAGAGACAUUUCCGCAACGGAAUUGCAGGGCUCACGACAGCCACAACAACCACCCUCGCGGCGGGAGAUCAAAGAAGAUCUGUUAUGCUCCGGAAUCAUUCUCGUUCAACUUUGCCAACCGCAUCACCAACAACGGACGGCAAAUCCUGUGGCAUGCGUUUGCCUUUCGAAUCCGCCUGGAGCUGAUGCUGGAGCCAAAGAGACCACUUGAGCCAGACCCGGCUCAGCCGGCGCCCGACGUUUGCGAGGUCGGCAAGUCGGCCAUUCCUCCGUCCAUCCCAGCUCAUCCCAGUUUUGCCCAAGUCUCCCCAGACCGUCGUGUGUUCCUGGCCGCCAGAGAUGGCAGCCACAGCGGCCACGGGAAUCCGAUCAUGGGGGCUAAUCUAGCAUGCCACCUGAGCUCUGUAUUGGGCGAACUGCAGCAUCCCUUGACAGGUUCGAGAUCAUGA